CCCCGCCCCACCGGGCCAGGGCUUUGGCGGGCCGCUGAGUGCGGCUGGAGUGGGAACCCGGGUGUCUGCCCGCCGCGUUCGCAAGAUGCCCAAGUGGAGCCUGCGGCGGAGGCCGGGCCGCACACUCGGACUCGUGCUGCUGCUGCUCUUGAGUUUCCUGGUGCUCCGCAGGUUGAACUGGAGCACUCUGCUUCCUCUAUGGCUCCAGAAUCGGCGCCUGGGACUUCGAACAAAAGGCCCAGACUUCAUGCUGGAGGACUCCACCUUUCAGAUUUUUGGGGGAUCCAUACACUAUUUCCGUGUGCCCAGGGAAUACUGGAGGGACCGCCUGCUCAAAAUGAAAGCCUGUGGCUUGAAUACCCUUACCACCUAUGUGCCCUGGAACCUCCAUGAGCCAGAAAGAGGCAAAUUCAACUUCUCUGGGAACCUGGACCUGGAGGCCUUUAUCCAGCUGGCUGCGAAGAUUGGACUGUGGGUGAUUCUGCGACCGGGGCCCUACAUCUGUAGUGAGAUUGACCUCGGGGGCUUGCCCAGCUGGCUCCUCCAAGACCCAAACAUGAAACUGAGAACAACGUACCGUGGCUUCACUAAAGCAGUGGAUCUUUAUUUCGACCACCUGAUGUCCAGGGUGGUGCCACUCCAGUAUAAGUACGGAGGGCCCAUCAUCGCUGUGCAGGUGGAGAAUGAAUAUGGCUCCUAUAACAAAGAUCGUGCAUACAUGCCUUACAUCAAGAAGGCUUUGGAAGACCGUGGCAUUAUAGAGAUGCUCCUGACCUCAGACAACAAAGACGGCCUGCAAAAGGGAGUGGUUGACGGAGUGCUGGCCACCAUCAACUUGCAGUCACAGCAGGAGCUGAAGGAACUAAACAGUGUUCUCUUAUCUGUGCAGGGCAUUCAACCAAAGAUGGUGAUGGAGUACUGGACAGGGUGGUUUGACUCAUGGGGUGGCUCCCACAAUAUCUUGGAUUCCUCUGAGGUCUUGCAAACAGUGUCUGAUAUCAUCAAAGCCGGCUCCUCCAUCAACCUGUACAUGUUCCACGGAGGCACAAAUUUUGGCUUCAUAAAUGGAGCCAUGCAUUUUAAUGACUACAAGGCUGAUGUCACCAGCUAUGACUAUGAUGCUAUAUUGACGGAGGCUGGAGAUUAUACUGCCAAAUACAGCAAACUUCGAAACCUCUUUGGAACCUUCUCAGGUAUCCCUCCACCUCCUCCACCGGAACUUACUCUUAAGAUGAUCUAUGAGCCAAUGAGGCCAUCUUUCUACCUCUCACUGUGGGAUGCUAUCCUGCUCUUGGAUGACCCAGUCCAGUCUGAGAUUCCCAUCAACAUGGAGAACCUGCCAGUAAACAAUGGUAACGGGCAGGCCUUUGGGUACAUUCUGUAUGAGACCACCAUCUUCUCCUCUGGAGUCCUCAGUGGCCUUGUGCGCGACAGGGGGCAGGUCUUUCUGAACAGAGUAUCCAUAGGAUUCUUGGACUAUAAGACAACGAAGAUUACUAUCCCCUUGACCCAGGGUCACACUAUGCUGAGGAUCUUGGUGGAAAAUCGUGGGCGAGUCAACUAUGGGGAUAAUAUUGACACUCAGCGGAAAGGUUUAAUUGGAAAUCUCUAUCUGGAUAAUAAUCCUCUGAAAAACUUCAAAAUCUACAGCCUGGAUAUGACAAAGCCGUUCUUGCAGAGGCUCAUCAUGGACAAGUGGAGUUUCAUUCCCAAAGAGCCCAGCUUUCCUGCUUUCUUCCUGGGCGCCUUGUCAGUGGGCAUUUACCCCUCUGACACAUUUCUGAAGCUAGAGGGCUGGGUGAAGGGGGUUGUAUUCGUCAAUGAUCAAAACCUUGGACGCUACUGGAACAUAGGACCUCAGGAGACUCUCUACCUCCCAGGAGUCUGGCUAGAGAAAGGACUCAACAAGGUCAUCAUCUUCGAGGAGACAAUGGCAGGCUCCGUGGUACAGUCUACUGAUACCCCCUACCUGGGCAGGAACCAUUAUGUUAACUGAACAACAGUCCCAGCCUUCCUGCUGUGGCUGGCGACUUCCUUCCGUCCUCUGCUGCAGGAGGGUCUUCAUACCUAGCAACCUCAGGGAACAAAGGGCUAUAGUCAACUCAGUCCAAAAUCCUAAACUUGAGGGGACUGAAGAGAAGAUGGGGUAGCAUUGUCUAGGAUACCCUCAUACUGAAAUGACUUCUCCCCAGGUUUUGUGGUUGAGUCCCUUUCUGCUCCCCUAAUCUUUCUGGGGAGGCCAUAGAGCUGUCUCUGAGGGUGAAGUACGUAGUUGGAGCACCUUCAAAGAAGGUGCUGAAGCUGGGUGGAUACUGCCCUCUUCUGGAAAUGAAGGCCUCACGAGGCCAACCUGCAGGAUACAGGAAGGCUUUUAAACAUCCUAGGAGGGCGUGGCCGCUUUCUGCUCUUGAAUUUGCGGAUUUGCCACUGUUUGUAGAGCAAAGACAAAGCAUGUCUUACUUGAGUCAACUUGAUUUAUGUUUCGGCUUUCCUCAGCUAGUUCUGGGGUUCUGGAAGAAACAUACAUCUUUUCCUUUUCAUUCUGUCUCUUAUGACAUUGAAUCAGUUGAUAAGCUGGGCUUAAGAGAAAUAGACAUGUUCAGUACUUAUCUUCCUAAGUUAAGAGAGCAUUUGCUAUUGUUCUGAGUGAGGAGGAGAGUCACCAAAGAGGAACAGCUUCACCAGGGGAGGAGCUGGGGAUUUCAGCAGAAGCCACCUCAUAUCCAUGCUCUUUGUGAGGGAAUGGCAGAAGGCUCAGCUAAGUGGCACUAGGCAGCUGCUUCUGACCCCACAAAAAGAAUUUGGGGUUUGCUACAAGCCACAGGUCUAGCAGGGGCCUUGUUUCCAGGCCAGCUGACUCACUGAGCACUCUUUCCCCUGACUGAAAAAGCAGCAGGGAGGAGGGAAAGCGGCCAGUGUCUGUCCUGUUGUCUCAAUCCAGGUUGGAGACUCUUGUUCUAGGGAUUGAGUGCAAUGGCUUGCUUUGGGUUUGCCACCCUACACUGCAAUAAAGCAAUAGAUUUGAAGCAAAUCUUCUUUGUGGAUGUCUCCAGCUUGUCUGUGCCACUCGAAGCAAUGGGAGAAAAAUCCAGACACUGAUGGUACCCAACUGGUGGAUGGCACAUGCCCUGGCUUCUUACCACUUUUCCUGAUUUUAGUUUUCUUUGAAAUGUCAUUGUGUUAAGAACAAUCCAAUCUCAUGCUGGUGGAUAAGAAUAAGAACAUUCUAGAAAGCCAAAACCGCAAUAUAUAACUUAGCCUUAGGUGAGAGUCUCUAUUCAUAAAUUAUAUUGAUAUGUACUACUUUCAGCUGGCUAUCUUCAAUAAUAGUGAAAAUCAAAGAACACACAUCUGUGAGGACAGUGUCCCUAGAGAAGCCCAGUGAAGAUGGAUCAGGCAAGCGUAGGGUGAACGAGAGGCUCAGGCUGGCGAGCUGGAUCCUCGAGUGUUGCUGAAAGCAAGGCUUGCGGUGGAGUCAGGGUGUGCAGGCUUGUGUGUAGCAGCUGAGCUAUGAGCCCUGGUAACUUACUUAUGGGUGCUCGUGGGGCACAGCCCAUGUCUCCCUGGGCCUGAGAAAUUGAGUUUGUUUUUUUCUUUCUUAUUGUCUUUCUUUUUUAGAUGUGGUCAUGUUAUGUAGCCCAGGCUGGCCUUGAACUUUCAGUUCUCCUGCUGUAGCUUCCCAGGUACUGAGAUGAUAAGGUUGUUCCAUCAUGCCAACUCGAAGGGCGCUUUUUUUUAAAAAGUCCUUUAUUUGUUUUUAAAGUUUUAAAAUAAAAUUAUACGACGAUUAUUUGUUUACUGUGUGUGUGGAUUAGGUGUAUGUGUGCCACGGGUACGGACGGUCAGAGGUCAGCCUCCUUGUGGGUUGUCAGGGUUGAGAGCAAGUGUCUUUACCCACCAAGCCAUCUUGCUGGCCCUUCAAAGGGGGCUUUUUAAAGUGCAGAUUACAGAUGAGGCUUGAAGAGCCAGUCAGACUAAGUCCCCAAUUUUAGCCAUGCUUGCAGGUUCUUCCUGAGAUGUCUUGGACUAUCAAGCAUCCAGCUAAGGUAUAGAUGAGUCCAGGAUUACUUGAGUAAAGCCAGAGCCAGAGAGCAGUGUUAAAUUGUCACUUUGCCUUGCAUUACAUAAGAACGUGUUUCUACCAAGCUGCAUUAAGCAGUGCUGUCCUUCUGUAAGGGAGCAAAGAAUUCUGAGUUACAGCUUUAUGCAUACAUGAUCAGGUAUAUAUUGGGCUUUCUGUAGAAACAUUUUUCUCUGCUUCCCCAGCCUGUGCCGGCCGACCUUAGCUCUCCAGAGUGACUAGUUUACCCAGAUCCUGUGUGCCAUGAACCCAUCUCAGUCCCCGCAGAGUACUUCCCCUUAACCAACUUGCCCUGAGACUUUGCACACCCAUUAUUUCUUUUGUCUGCUCACUGUGUGGGGUCACGCCUGUGGGAUCUUGACACCAACACUUUCCGGUGUUGGUUCCCAUUCUCACUGCAAGUACGCGGAGCGCUGACCCUGACUAUCUGUUGCACGUGCAUUACAAGGUCAGAAGCAGAACUCCAUUUUCCUCUCCUGCACUCUGUCCUGUAUCAACAAAUGGAAAUUCUGGCCUGUGUCUUGGGUCAUUUUGGCUGCUGUCUCUUCAUUCCACACCCAACCCUUCCUAGGCAUGUUUAGAUGCAGCCACUCCCUCGACUCCAGAGCUCGUGCUCCCAUCCCAGCCACCAGCAUCUUGUAGCUGGCUUAUCGCAGGGGCUGCCUCCCCAGUCCCCUGCCUUGGCCCAUUUAUCCUCAGCACAGGAAACAAAGUGGAUCUCGAAGGUCAGUUCCAUCAGUGGCUCCCGAUUUCACUUAGAGUCGAAAUCAAACGCUUUACCCUGGUCCCAGAGGCCAGCUGCUUCCAGGCUUUCUUUCUGACUUGCCGACCACAUCUCCCAUGCCACUGCUCCCACCCCUGCCCCCUGCCCAGUCAACUGCAGUCACGUUACUCUUUUUUCUGAGCUAUAGGUAUGAGAAGCUCUCUGCACAUGGGGGCGUUUCUCUCUUACCAGGAUGCUCUGCCUCAGCUGCAGGUUGGCAUGCUGCUGUUUGGCUCAAGGCCCCGUACCAGGGAGGUCUUUCUUGCCAUGCUUUAAGGAACUUCCGCCUGUCCCACUACUACCCUCCAUCCUCUCCAGCAAUUCUGCCCUUCUUCCAGCACCUCACACCUGAAAUGCUGCGGGAGCUCCGUUGUCUGUGUCCUGGAUUUGGUGGGUAAGCUCCGUCAUGCUGGAUCCUGACU